AAGAACAGAAACGUGCGUCUCAAGCGCAUCGUGGUACGCACUUCGCGUUUGGAUUUAGUUCGAGGAUGACGUUCUUGAUAUAACUUGUAGUGUUUAAGUAUAAGGUUGUACUGUUUUUGAGGAGAUUCCUUUGGAUUUUAUAAGCACAUUGCACAUUGACAUUUUCCAGACAUGAUGCAAAAAGAACAUGGCACGUCUUGUGGCAUUAGUCUACGGGCUAAGUGCCUAUUUAUAGGAUAUUUGUGUUUGUUUGCUAGUCUGGUGAAUGUCAUAUCUCACUUUGUGAUUGUAAGCAUUUUGACACGUGGUUUCGUUUGCGAUAUAAAUGAAGAUAGCAUACAACUGAUAAAUUGGACAUGGUUGGAACCGUUUAUGUUUAUCGUCAACAUGGGAACUCACGGCUUCUACCCCUACCCACUUCUUCUUCGGCCAUAUGCUGAAGCAUUUCACAAUGAGCCGCUCGGAGAAGAACUCAAAUGUGACGAUUCAUUGACCCAUGUCUCUGGCUCUAAUAUGUUGUACUUCUUUAUAAAUACAUCAUGGUUUAUAUUUGUAUUAAGUUAUAUUGUUGCUAUAUACAAAAAAGAGGUUAUACCGAUUCGAAUGUUCUAUUUGUGGAGCAUAUUGAAGAUAGGGGUGCAGAUAUUGUUUUUGGCGUACCAGCCUGGUAGUAUCAAAUUCAGCAACGAUGCUGUCGGCUUCCUAGAACGCAGUGGCUUCGCCAACCUGUUGGAUAUUGUAUUGGGUUGCAUUUGCAUCGUAAUAAUAAGAAGAUACGUCAAUCAAAUAUCGCUGGAACUAGUGGUUUGGAUCGUGAAGAAACCACCUACAUACGAGGAGUGUCUCAAUAACUUAAAGCAAGACGAAAAGAAAGAAGCAUUUAUAGAUAUCGAUACUAAACCAGUACUUCCCUCUUGCAUUUAAUUGUAUGACGAUUUUAGUUAAGAAUUUUGACUUGAUCUCUUUCUAUCUAUCGUAUUCUCCUAUGUUAAGUUUUGUUGAUGUUGUUUUCACAACGCUUUCCUUUUCUUCUCCAUCCUUUACUGUAAUAACAAGUUGUGGAGAAAUGCAGCUAAAUAGUGUUUAGAAUAAAAUAUACUAAGACGUUUAAGUGAUAUUAAAUUUUCAUGUUACUUAAAAUUUGCCUGUCUUUGAAUCUUAUUAAAGCGUUUGUUUUAUAACAUUUUGUAAAAUUUAUUUUAAAUAAAAUGAUUAUAUUAAUAGAAUAUUUUAAUUAAA